AUGUUUCCCGGCCGCGUUGGACGUAUGAUUCUGGAUGGCGUUGUAGACACAGACGACUACUUCGCAGAAAGGGGUAUGCUGAAGAACAUUGGCGACAUGGACAAAGUGUUCAAAGAGUUCUGGAGGAGCUGUCGCGCGGCAGGACCCAAGAUAUGCUCCUUGGCCAAGUUGAAGCACCCACAGAGACGGUUCUGGUCUUUGGUCUGGUCUUUGGAACGCAAUCCGUGGACGAUGGUUACUGAAGACGGAAACACAAUCAUAUUGACAGAAGACCACCUCAAAUCUUGGGUUGGUAAAUGUAUGUAUGCUGGCCACGACUCGACCAGUUUCUGCUCAACAUUCUUGUACGAAGCCUUGGCCGCGGAGUCUCACACCAGUCAUUCUCCCACUGCCCCAUGGGCAUUUCCAUAUGUCUACAACAUGUACUCUGGUUCUCGAUAUGACAUCCCACCGAACAAUUCGAUUCCGCAUGAGGAAAGCAUUCCACAUAGGCGCAGAGAGAUGAGCUCCGCCGUGCAGUGCGGUGACAGCCCCGAUUUAACAAACAAGAGCCAGUUCUGGUGGAAAGCAUAUGUCGAAAAGCUUGCACGACCUUCUGAACUUUUUGGCCGAUAUUGGGCAUCUCGCCGUCUGCCUUGUGCAUCGUGGCCAUUCAAAUCUAACUGGAGAUUCACCGGGCCAUUCACAACACCCCCGUCCGACCCUGAGCUGAAGCCCGGAGUCCCAGCUGCACCACUUCUUUUCUUAUCAUCGCGUCUUGACCCUGUCACUCCUGUUGAAGGCGCUCGCAAGAUGGCUUCCCGUCAUCCAGGGGCAAAGCUGGUCAUCCAGGAGAGCGUGGGCCAUGGCGCCAUUGCUGCAGAUUACAGUCUGUGUGUGCAGCACAUUAUUGCUGACUAUAUGGGAACUGGCAAACUUCCAUCAAAAGAGACUUCAUGUCAGCAAAGCUGUGGAUAUUGGGAUUCAAACUGCACGUAUGAACACCCCGAAUUGACACCUGUCCGGUCAUGGUUCAUGGAGCAACAAGCGCGACAGUCGUUCAAUGACUUCAUCCUUGGCUAG